UUACUCUCUCUCUCUCUCUCUCUCUCUCUCUCUCUCUCUCUCACUGUGUGUGUGUGUGUGUCCUUUCAUACAACAUGGUACAAUCCAAAAAAUUCAGAGGUGUGAGGCAGCGCCACUGGGGCUCAUGGGUGUCUGAAAUUCGGCAUCCACUACUGAAGAGAAGGGUGUGGCUUGGUACAUUUGAGACCGCCGAAGAAGCUGCCCGGGCAUACGAUGAGGCCGCCGUGCUGAUGAGUGGCCGUAAUGCGAAGACCAACUUCCCUAUAGUCAGGACGCCCGCUGGAGACGCUGCUCCCAGCGGCGUCGAGAAAGCCCCAUCAUCACCAACAGGUCUAUCGGCAGUCCUCAGCGCAAAGCUCCGACGGUGUUGCAAGGCACCAUCACCAUCCCUGACAUGCCUGAGGCUUGACACGGAGAAGUCUCACAUCGGUAUCUGGCAGAAGCGGGCCGGGGCACGGUCGGAUUCGAAUUGGGUCAUGACAGUGGAGCUCGGGAAGAAGAACGAGGAUGUGCCGGGAUCAGUGUCGGCAUUGCCGGAGGUGGCGGUGGAAUCAGCAGAUGUUCGUGGGGGUGUGGAAGAAGAAGAUAGAAUUGCAUUGCAAAUGAUAGAAGAGCUGCUGAACAGGAAUUGUCCUAGCCCACCAGCACCACCAAAUGACAAUACUUUCAUUGGGAAAGGGAGUCUUCUCGCGUAGCAGUUCAUACCAUAGCUUUUAUGGGGCUGGUGGUUUAAGAUGGUAGGUGUUCUAUGUUUCCUAGUUUCCACAGGAGCUGCUGCUUUAUCACAUAUCUAACUUUUGUGUGAAAGUUCUCUUGGGCCUAGACUCCUAUGUUAGUUUUGCACCCACUUAACAAAAAUGGUGGCGACUCAUCCUCCUUACAUGUGGCACUGAUGUACACCAAUCUCGACCAUCCAAGUUGUGGGUCCCAUUGUGGGUGGAGAUAUGUAAAAUCACACUGAUCAAGAAUCCUAACCAUCCAAUUAAUGGCCAUCAAAAAAUGAAUGGUCCAAGGAAAACAACAAGUGGGCGAAAUUCAAAGCGAAAAAUCAUAUGGUUGUUGUGAUCUUGUCAGUGUAAUUUUUCGGUCAUGCUCCAUCUACAGAUGGGUCAGCAAUUUGGACGGUCUUCAUUGCUGUACAACCAUGCCAUGCGUACGUUUGAAAAGUCACUGCCCAUUUUUUGAAUGGUGCGAAACCUAACGUAGGAUUCUAGCCCAUGCUUGUGUGGUGUAUGUAAAUAAAGAAGUGACUUUCUCAAAAUAAUAAGAAUAAUAAUGUAAUAAAAGGUCUCAUUGGAAUACAUAUGUGGAACAAUAAGUUGAUAAAUGGAAUUGGGUUAUUUUAA